AUUGUAGCUCUGGUUAAUGGCGACAUGGCGGAUGACGAUUCGGACAGGGAAGAUGCGUCGUCUCAAGAGCCCCAAGCUAAGCGAAAACGCCUCUUCACGAAGGAGUUGCGUUGUAUGAUGUACGGAUUUGGAGACGAUUCAAGCCCGUACACGGAGUCAGUAGACCUUCUAGAAGAUUUAGUUGUUGAUUACGUCACAGCUAUGACACUCAAAGCUCUUACCAUUGGCAAGAAGGGUCGUGUACACGUAGAAGACAUCGUGUUCUUGGUCAGAAAAGAUGCUAAGAAAUAUGGUCGAGUGAAAGAACUACUUAUGAUGAACGAGGAAUUGAAGAAGGCUAGAAAAGCGUUUGAUCACGAUAAUCUGAUAAAGGAAACUGCAGAGGAAAGGUAGUAAGUAAUUGAUCAGAAUUUCAUUUUUGGCAAAUGCCAUCAUACGUCAAACCACUUGUGGAUUGAUUUCUUAUAAUUUAAUAUAUUGGGUGCAGCAGAGAGCAAUGACAGUACAAUAUUAUACUAAUUUCUAUUAGUAAAUGCAAACGUGUGAGAUUCAAA